AUGUCUACCACCGUACACGUCGAGAACAUCUCCUCAAAGACGAGUGAGGAUGAGAUCAAAUCAUUCUUCAGCUUCUGCGGCAAGAUCUCGUCCCUCUCCGUAACCCCGACCGAGAACGACACCCAAUCCGCCGCCGUCACCUUUGAGAAGCCCGCCGCUGCCAAAACCGCCCUGCUGUUGGAUAACACCCAACUCGGCCCGAACAGCGUGCACGUUUCUUCCUCUAAGACUAUCGAUGAGCUCGCCGGCGACAAGGCUGCCUCUCCGGAGGAAGCCAAGGACGGUGACCACCACAUCGAGCAGGAGGAGAAGCCGCGCGCUCGCAUCAUCGCCGAGUACCUUGCCCACGGCUACGUCAUAUCUGACAAGGCCAUCGAGCGGGCUCUCGCCGUCGACCAGCAGCACGGCAUCAGCACCAAGUUCACGAACGCCCUCCAGAACUUCGACCAGCGCUUCCAGGCCACCCAGAAGGCGCAGGCAGUCGAUACGAAGUUUGGUGUGACGGAUAAGGCUGUUGCUGGCUGGCGCGGUCUAGUCUCAUACUUCGACAGAGCGACCGGCACUCCUACAGGCCAGAAGCUGAGGCAGUUCUACGCGACGGGCAACAAGACUGUUAUGGAUGUCCACAACGAGGCGCGCCAUCUUGCCGAUCUUAAGAAGGAGCAGGGUCAGGGCGGUGCCGCGUCCGGGGGA